AUGAGCAUGCAUAUGAAGCCACGCGGACUGAGGAGAGAUACAACAAAGAAAUUCGCCAAACCGUUAGACUCAAGUCCUCCAAAGAUUCAUAUAACCUCUUUCCCUCUGGAGCUCCUCGAAAAGAUAUCUCUUUACGUCGGCAAAACAAACCCUCACUAUUCUUGGAAUUUCUGCCUCGCAAAUGAAUAUUUAUACAGAAGAAUCGGUCCAUCCAAUAAUUUCCUUUGGUACAAAAUCGUCGGUCGUUUCGAGAUCCCCAAAUCCACCAAAUUCAUAAAGUACCACAAAGAUUUCCACUAUGCAACUCUCACUAGACGAAAAUCCACGUGGCCGGACCCUAAGUGCUGUGGAUGUGAGGCUUCAGGGCAGGAACUGGAGACUAUACAAAACUGGAGUCAGUUUAAAAACUUAAUAUAUCUCCUGUUUUGUCAGAAGUGUUUAAAUAAGUAUUACGUUCCCCGAUCAUACAUAUCAGACCUUCGCGACAUAGUCCCAGUCGCUCACGAUUUCUUCAGCGGCAGCGGUUCAGCAAUCAACUCUACCUACCAUGUGUACUGGAAUCGUCGAUCAGAGCGCGUUAGCAAAGAGUUUUACAUUUAUGUUAAAAACGUCUUCAACAUCGAUGACUCCGAUCCGGACCGCAUCCUCACGGAAGGUGAAAAAAAGGAACUGGAACAAAAAUUCAGCAUUUUUAGGCCAUCUUUUAUCCCAGCCGAACAUCAUCGACACGGUCAUGACCGUUCUUAUCUCGAAAAAAUAAUCGAGAUCUACCGUCAAGAAUAUACUUCCUUCCAUUUCUUGUGUACCCCGGAGUACUUCGAAGAACUGUGGAAUGAUUAUGAUAAAGCCUUGAAAAGGUUUAGACGUAAUCAAGUUCGUAUCCCUAUCACAGAACCUGGAGGAGGAAAACCAGAAGGGAUUCGCGACCCACGUUGCGCAUUUUAUCAUUUCCGGUUCUAUUUUCAUCGAAAGUAUCGAUACUCCUCGGAGAAUGACUAUGAAGCCCAACUAGAUAACUACGAAGGGCAAAAGGCAAUUAUCUCAAAGCACAGGUAUUGCCAACAUGUUUUAGUCGGCUUAUUUGGACCAGGAGAUGGGAUAGCAUGGAGGGCGAGUCGGGUUCAACGGCCAGAGUUUUUAUGGGCCUUGUUUGAUGAAUGGCAUAAAGGUUCAUUCGGAUUGGGUCAUUGGCUCCCUGAUAGGCUAGUGGCGAAGUGUCCCUAUUGCUAUAGUUUUUUUCAGGGAUCUGUCAGCGGGGGUACAAGCACAAGGGGCCUUUGGAGGACGCAACCGAAAAACCUGUUAGACCAUAUUAUAGACGAUCACGGGGAUAUGAUUCGUUAA